AACAGCACUAGCUAGCUAGCUAGAAUCGAAACAGAAUGGAUGCCUCUACUACCUUCCUCUUCCUCGCGCUUGCAUGCAUGGCGGCCACUAAUACUCUCCCUCACUGUGCCAACGCAAGGCAUUUCCUCCCUCCUAGUCGUAGCCAUGGCAGCAGCACUGGCACGAGGAGCUCUAGCGCCGUCGACGCCGCCGCCGCCGCCGCCAGCAGCAGCAAGCUCUCGUGGCCACUGCUACCGUGGAAGAAGCCUGGCCGUGGCGGCAGCAGCCGUGGCUCCGGGAGCGGGCACGGUUUCGGCUGGACCGUCUCGCACAACGGGUCGGACACCGACGUCGGGUUCGGCGGCGGCGCCGGCGCCGGCACGAGCAGCUCCGGAGGUGGCUCGAGCGCGGGCGGGGGAGCUGGUCUCGGCGUCGGCAUCCACGUCGGCAACGACGGAGUGGACGUCGCGAUCGGCGUCGCCGGAGGCGGCGCCGUCGUCGUCAGUACCAGCAACGGCGGCGGCGUGGGUGUCGGCGCUGGCGGUGGAGGAGGAGUCGGGAUCCACCUGGGCCCCGACGUCGUGGCCGUCACCCGUGGCGGUGGCGGUGGCGCCGGCGGCGAUGAUUCGUCGUCUGGCAGCGGAACCGGGGUGGGACGCGCCGGAAGCGCUGUGGGCAGCGCCCAUGGGUAUGGGAAUGCAAGCGGUGGAACAGGGGCCGGUGGCGGGAGUGGAGCUGGCUCUGGCGGCCAAGGUGGAUACGGCGGCGGCGGUGGCGGUGGCACCGGAAGUAGCGGUGGCCAUCCAUGACGACCAUGAGCUUGCAUUGGUGACCGACUGAUGACUGCUGCAUGAUGGUUGGAUCCGGUGCCUUUGGUUUGGGGAUAAAAAUGCUGCUUUCGUUGGAUCCAGCGCCUUUGGGGAUUGUAUUCAAAACUAUAUACUUUUUAUAGCUGUCUAGUAUUGUUGUGGUUACUUUGUUUUACGUUGCUGAUUGAUGAGGUUCGUUGAUUAGUACGUACUGUUAUCCAGCGCAGUAAUAUAACGCGGUUUUCACUCUUCUUGGAUGCACUAAAACAAUGUCAGUUGGUGGAGUA